UCUAGUACAACCUUAACUAUAUAAUAAAGUUUUCUGAAUAGGUUAAUAAAAUUAAUUAGUGAGUUAAUGUGCCAUGAAUUUAGUCUAUUUUAACAUUAUUAGGACUUAGUUUUCGGAUUUUAUGUGCUUAUUGAAAAAUCAUUAUGCUUUGAAUACAUGUCAAGAUUUAACAGUGGCACCCCUUUCCAGAAAGAAUAUCAUAGGGCAUUUACAUCCAUCAGUACAUCAGGGCAUUUACAUUUAGGAAUAGUCUUUGGUGUUGUUUUUGGAUAGCAAAUAUAUGGCAUAAAUCUAAUUUCUUAUUGUUGUUCUUGAAAUGGUUAUUUCUUUAGGAAUAGUCUUAUAUUUGCAUUUAGAAUUCUUAUUGAAUCUUUAGGUCUUACCUAGAUGGAAGGUGUUGAUAAUGAAGUUCUUAUUAUUGAGCAUAAUGAUGAGGCUUCUGUUUGGACUCAAAAGCAUGAAGAAAUUUUCAUUGAACUUAUGGAAGAAGAAGUCUUAAAGGGAAAUAAGAAUACCACAACCUUUACCAAGCAAUCAUGGAAAUAUAUAAAAGAAGAGCUUUGCGGACGAGCAAAAAGAAAUUAUAGUGAUAUGCAACUAAGGAACAAAUACAAUCAAUUAAAGCAAAAGCAUAAGGAUUUUAAGUCUUUACUGAAAGAGACUGGUAUGGGAUACAAUGCAGUGAUUGGAGAAGUUAGUGCGACAGAUGAAGUUUGGGAUAAACUUAUUCGGGUUAACAAGUCUGCUAAAAGAUUUAGAAAGAAAUGUUGUAAGUUUUAUGAGAAAUUAUGCACUAUCUUUGGUGAUACUACUGCAACUGGUUCCAUUGCUCAUCCUUCAACUCGAAGUCCUUCUAAUGAUGAUGAUGCAACGUCGAUAAGUCCUUCUACUAUGAAUGAAGAAAGUGGUUUUGAUGAGGAUGGUAACAAAAGAAGAGGUAAAUCAACAGCCACUUCGAACUCUCGAUCAGUAAAAAGAGCAAAGUUCUCAUCAGCUUUGGCAGAUGCACUGGCAACAUAUAAUGAAACUGCAAAGCGAAAGACAGAAUUGAUAGAGAGAUCAAUGACAACAUCUACAUCACAUUACUUAUUGGAUGAGAGUGUUGAAGCUCUUAAUCAAAUUGAUGGAAUUAGUGGAGAAGUAUACGCAAAAGCUAUUGAGAAGUUUGAGAACGAGGUGUCCAGAGCAUUGUUUCUAAAGAUGCCAGAGCAUAGAAGAAUAGAUUGGUUGCUGAAUUUGAAGUGAAAAAGUUUAGACUUUGUUUAGCUAUGAAACAAGAUGACUUUAUUUAGCUAUUAACUUUAGUUUUGUUUAGCUUUUGACUGGAUGACUUUGUUAAGCUAUUGUCUGGAUGACUUUAUUAGCUAUUGACUAGAUGACUUUGUUUAGCUAUUGACUGGAUGACUUGUUAGAUAUUGACUGGAUGACUUUGCUUA